AUGAUGCAAGACCUUUCUAGUAAUGCGUGGAAGCCAUGUGAUCCAGAGGCAGAGAAAGUGUUCAAAUCUAUUAAAGAAGAAAGUGUAAAAUUUGCCAUUGUGUCCAACUUCGACACUCGAUUAAGACCCCUCCUACGAGCACUGAGAUCGGAGAAACCAAACUCGAUCAUCUUCUUGGAAGCUUGUAAAUUUUUAGGAGUGAAUCUCGAGGAUGCGGUUCGUGUAGAAGAUGAUCAUGGGGAGCAAGACAUGCAGGUUGUGACGCUUGUCUCUGAGGAAGUGAAGUUACUUUUAAUAUGGUACAAGCGGCAUCAUGUUCUUAAGUUUUUUUAA